UGUAAUUCCUGCUAUCAAAACAGUCCCUACUGGAGCAGUUAAUACUUAGAUACCUAGUGGGAAAGAAGAUACGCUCUGGGUUGUUGAAAGUCCUGGAACGGGGCUUUGCCAUCGGGGAUGCUUCGUGGCUGACAUGUUUUCCCUCAAGAUGUGCCGGUCACACAGGUGCCCACAGCUGCCUUGGGCCUCCCACGAACUUGGCGAAAAGUUCCCAUAGAACUUUUCCUGCCUUGGGCGAGGAAAGCUCUGGCUGCCUGGGGUCAGGUGGCAGCCCUGGGAGAUGGAGACCCAGUCACACACAGGUGCUUACGAUGGGCACAGCGACUCGGUGCCAUCGUCUGAGACCCAGUCACGCACAGGUGCUUACGAUCGGCACAGCGACUCGGUGCCAUCGUCUGAGACCCAGUCACGCACAGGUGCUUACGAUGGGCACAGCGACUUGGUGCCAUCGUCUGAGACCCAGUCACACACAGGUGCUUACGAUGGGCACAGCGACUCGGUGCCAUCGUCUGAGACCCAGUCACAUACACGUGUUUACCGUGGGCACAGCGACUCGGUGCCAUUGUCUAAGACCCAGUCACACACAGGUGCUUACAAUUGGCACAGCAACUCGGUGUCAUUGUCUGAGUCACACACACAUGUUUAUGGUGGACACAGCGACUCGGUGCCAUCGUCUGAGGUCCAGUCACACACAGGUGCUUACAAUGGGUACAGCAACUCCAUGCCAUCGUCUGAGUCACACACAGGUGCUUACAAUGGGCACAGCGACUCGGUGCCAUCGUCUGAUACCCAGUCACACACACGUGUUUAUGGUGGGCACAGCGACUCCGUGCCAUCGUCUGAGUCACACAUGUGUUUACGGUGGGCACAGCGACUCAGUGUCAUCGUCUGAUACCCAGUCACACACACGUGUUUAUGGUGGGCACAGCGACUCCAUGCCAUCAUCUGAGUCACACACAGGUGUUCACGGUGGGUACAGCGACUCAGUGCCAUCGUCUGACAUUGGAUUGUGCAUCCACUUGUCCCACCUGCUGGUAACCCACCUCCAGAGGUGAAUUGACAACUAAGUCCUGCCUCCUUUGAACUGGGCUGCGGGUGCCAAGCUGGAGAGCAUUUGCCCUCUCCCACUGCUGCUGAAACAGAUACCACUAAUUUAGUGGUUUAAACCAGCACAGAUUUCUUCUCUUGUGGUGCUGGAGGUCAGAAGUCCGAAAUGAGUUUCACUGGGCCAA